UCGUGGAUUUAAAAUUUCAUGCAAAUUGGAACAGACGACUGUAAUCUGUUAUUUAUUGAGGCAAUUUGCUAUCUCAAACGCCGUGGGUCAAUGAGGUUAAUUGUAAUUGUAAGAGUGUCUUAAUGUUUAAAUAACGCUUAUGCUGAUUAGCACUCAUACGGCACAUGUCCAUCGUUAACAAACCGUGUGAAGAGUGUAAUCAUUAAUAAAAAUACCCCCAACAAAGAAGAAAAAACAGAAAAAGUCAAAAGGAAUCCCCAUCUGUGGCUACGUUUAAGCUUAUCAGCUUGCUUGUUAUUUCUUCGUUGAAGAAGAGAUGAAUUUAAGUCAAUCGGCCCAAGUCAAAUAAAUAAACAGCCUGCGAGAGCACGCCAAUCUCCGCAACUGCUUUCCGCUGGCAACAUCCUGUGACUAGCUCAAGUCGCAUCAUGCGUCAGACGAACAAAGCGAAUGUAGAGAUAAGGCUGCUCGUAGCAUACGGUGACGAUGUAGACAUCUUUGGUUUGCGCCUCCUAUAGAUAUAGGUUUAGCAUAUCAAGGAAUUAAGCAGAUGGCAGAGAUUUUCCAUUCAAAACCAGACCAUUAAGUAAUGUCAAAAUUUAAAAAAAAUCUCAAGACAUAACAUUAAUCAUCGAUCAAGUUUCCUUUUGCUGUAAUUAUGACUUCCACACGAUUCCGGACUGCACGGCAGGUUCUUUUAUUAUAGUCUACAUCCAUUUAUUCCCAGGCACGGGUCAAUGUUUGUCUGAGGCUUGCUGUACUGGGGUGGUGUUUAGAACAUACCUUGGCCUUCAUGACGCGCCAUAUUGUGUAAUACAGCGGAUCAAGAUCGAGGCUGGAUGGCGUCCACAUAUCCUUCGCCCAGAUGGUGAGAUGUGACUGCCAAUAAGUCUGAGUGCGGUUCUAAGCGUGGCACGGGGCCCCACCAAGUUGAAACACUAUGUUUAGCUUCGGAAAGAACUGUUCUUUCAUCCACGUAAGAACGUACUUACUUAGAAUCCCAAUGUAGACCUCCAAGCUGACCUUGUCACCUUCUGGAAUGAACACUGGGUCCAUUUUUUGUUGGCAUCGGAAGCCACCAAUCCAAACACCAUAACGCUAGCAAGAUGCUUGGUCAGAUACACGUGCUUGUGCUCAUCGGCCACGUCUUUUACCGUAAGAUAACUAAUCCAUCGGUUGAAUCCGAAAUUGGACACGGGAUGGACAGUACACAUGCUCGUGUCAAUGAAAAAGAUUGUUGGAAUUUUUCGCUUAACAAAGUUCAAAAAUUGUCGUACCCUCUACUUCGACCCACAAUCUUACUUCACGCUAUUCCAUGCCGUAACGUUACUGUUCCAGUGUUCCUUAGCCAUUUGCCUAUUGAACGCACUGAAUUCAUCCGAAUCUUCUUUUUAAUAGCAGCAAUAAACAUAGGAUCCCGAGCAGACCUCGUGGUAUAUCUGUAAAACUAAGUAAAUAAUUUGUUUGUAUGCAAAGCCUUAUACGGUAUUAGCUAUAGAGGCGGUUUACCUAAAUGCACUUUACAUUGGAGGAGGGGAGGGGGUGUAAAAAGGUCGGAAAGGUCAUAUGGUAAAUUAACGAGGCAAAGACUACCAGUGGUCCAACUAACACAGAUUUACGUCCCUGUGCAGUGGCGUACACGAUUUUUGGUCAAAGGUCAACACAGACAGUAGCAGUACACGCAAAAACGCCAUAACACGGAGUGCCUGAGUUGAAUAGUGUAAAAAAAAAUCUAAAAUUAGGCAAAGAUUCAGAGCGGUUUUCCGCUGUGGCUAAUUUAUGAACUCUUGCAGAUGGUCAUUCCUCUGUAUGUCCUACUAAAGAAGUUUGGACGUAAGUAGAGCAAUUUUUGACUUGUGUGGAUCCUGUAUGGAUGUACAAUGCAGGAGCUGAUACAGUAAUGAGCUACGUCAUCACUUUGUGCAGCGAAUCUGAGGUCCAUUCCUGCCGGUCUACAUCGUACCAAAAAAGAGUAAUAGACACCAGCUGAAGCAUCGCUUCCCAAUUAAAUAAAUGAUCAAUAGAUGAUUUCGUCAGAAAACAUCUUAACACGGAUGAAAUCACAGUACACAGUUUACUUUGUAGGGAUCUAAAAUCAACAAAACCUGUUCCACUCUUCCAAUUCGCACCCGCUUCUAGCAACCGCGGGCAACUUUCUGCUAUUAGUUUGCACAUCAGUGUCCAGACUGGUCAGUUUCCGUAUAGCGAAGAUCAAAGCCAGACAAGGAACAGACGUCAACUACCUUUGAUAGCGAUUCAAAUAAACGUGCAAUAGACGUAAUCUCCCGGUAGGAAUUUUCUUACAGAUCAAAGAUAGCGAGUUAUCGACUUUGCUAGAUUAGCCCAGAGCGUGUGUGUGAAGCUUUCCAAAACAUUAUAAUGCCAGCACGACAGCCACCGUACUGCUCAGUGUGCUUUCGGCGCCCAGCGCAAAGUUUUCGGCAUGGCUCUUCGACGUGUCACGUGUUUGGCGCUGCUUUGCGUACUAAUUGCCCCGUUCGCUACGCCACAUCCGCUCGGGCGUGCUGCACCAUCGGACCAACCGGCCGACCAGACGGGUGACAAUUUCGAGGGUGACAUACUGCUGUCGGACGAGCAGCAGAAAGAGAUGCGGAAGCGUACUGGCAUGUACCUUCCCACGUUUAUCUGGCCCGACCGAACCGUACCGUACGAAAUAGUGUCCACCGAUUUCACACUCGAACAGACGACCGCCAUCACGACGGCAAUGCGUACUAUCGAACAGCACACCUGCGUACGGUUCGUCCCAGCAACUGCCACGACUGCGGAUUAUGUGCGCAUUGCGGGUGGCAGCUCUGGCUGUUCAUCGUUUGUCGGACGUAUUCGCGGUGCGCAGGCACUGCGCCUACAACCGAGCAGCGUGGGGACGGGAUGCUUCACGCAAGGUACGAUUGUGCACGAGCUAAUUCACGCACUCGGCUUCUACCACAUGCAGAGCGCGACCGAACGCGACCUGUACGUGGACAUCCUCUGGCAGAACAUUGUACCGGGCCGCGAGGGUAACUUCCAGUCGUACGGUACGGAUCGCAUUAUCAAUUACGGUGUCGGGUAUGACUAUGGUAGCGUGAUGCACUACAAUACGCACGCGUUCAGUGCGAACGGGCUGCCGACGGUCGUACCGAAGGUGGCAAACGUGGCGAUCGGGCAGCGGGUCGCGAUGAGUUCGGGCGAUAUACAGCGGAUUAGAAAUAUGUACGGGUGCUGAGCACUGGCGGGAGUAUUCGCAAGGAUGUUUAUUCAUGCCUGAAGCCAUGUUGUUCGUAUAUUACGGGUAACAUUGCAAGAGGAGGUGCCAUUGUUUUAGGCACAAUCUGUCGAAAACAUAGGAAAAUAGCUAUGAUUAUAGUAAGGUGUAAUAAGAGUGAACUAGAAGAAUAUUGAAUAAAAUAUUGUACCAAUUUAAUGAGAAACUAAA